AUGACAUGGCCGCCGCCCUUUCUUUUUUCCAAGAAGCAUAAUAUCCGAGUUGAGAUCAAGAAUACUGGACAUGACUACUUUGGACGCGGUGCUUCUGCAAACUCUUUGGCUAUGCGAACUAACAACAUGAAGAAUAUGACCUCUGAACCCGUGUUCAAGACUGACAACUGUCCUCCAGCUAAUAAAAAGAACAUUGGCAUCAUCGGCGCCGGCGUUAACGCAGCGCAAGUGAUUGGCUUCUUCAGCAAGCAUGGCAUGUCGGUUACAACUGGAGCCUGCCCUACUGUUGGUAUUGCCGGUGGGUUUGGUUUAGGUGGCGGUCAUGGUCCACUUGCACCAACUCACGGUUUAAUGGUAGACCAGGCCGUCGAGUUUGGCGUUGUGACAACUGACGGCGUCUUCCGAACCAUCAACCAGUGCAACGAGCCCGAUCUCUUUUGGGCAAUGCGUGGUGGCGGCGCCACGUUGAGCCCAGACAGUCCUGAUAUCACAUCAAAUACUGUUCUGAGGGAAAUUCUUAUUUUUGUAUCCAACGAACAACAUGUAGCUGAACCUGAGUGGAAGAACGUCUUCUUUGGCGAGCCUUACGAGAAGCUACUCGCCAUCAAGAAGAAAUGGGAUCCUGAUACCGUGCUCAACUGUGUGAAGUGUAUUGUAUAUCUAUGGGAACAAGACCUGAUGUACUCUUGCGAUAGCAAGGAUCCAUUUCCUUCGGUCCCGUACUCGUUUGGUCAGGCGGAGUCUGACAUCAUGAGUGAUGGCAACGUUUUGGUUGAUGUGCAAAAAGGGCCAUGA